UUUUUUUUUACUCUCCAUCCCCCUUCUUCCCCCUUUUUUUUCUUUCUUAUAUUUAUUUACACAUUAUAUACUACUUUUACUAUUAUUACUUGUAUUUGUACAUUCUAUAGUCAAACUUGUUUUUAUCAUGGAUAUUCAAACCACUUAUAUUCCCCCUCAUACUGAAGUUGUAUCAUCUAGUCAUUAUGCAUCAAACUCUUGUCAAAGAAAAGUGACUCAGUCAUCUUUUACGUUUCCACCUACUCAAGUUAAACUGGAUUCAAUAGAUGAUGAAGAAGAACCUAUCAAUACACCUGUACCUCAACAAGUAUCAAAUUCUCCAACAUCUGACGACCAACAACAAGGAGAAGAAAAUGAAGAAGAGGAAGAAGAAACAUUUGUUGAUGAUAAACCUACUUAUUCAGCAGCAAUGUAUUUGGCUUGUCGAGAUAAACGCAAAAGUAGUCCUGCAGUUCUGGGUUUACUUGGACUUGGUGAAGAAGCUGAAUCCAAACUUAGUAUUCAUCUCUCUCAACAUCGAAAUUCUAUUGAAGCUGCUAUGCUUUUAGCUAAUUUUAAUCGACCUCAACAACAAUCUCGACCUUCUUCUCAACUUGAAAAAAAAUCAACUUGGCAAGAUACCAUGUCCGUAGAUUCUAAUCCUGAUAGAAAGAGUACUUCUUAUUGGGAAGACGCUGUGCAGGCCACUCGUCAACGUCGACGGUAUUCAUAUGAUAGCAAGAUGACUUGGAAAACUAUGCCCACUACCUUUUUGGAACAAGCCUCUUUAUUACAAGAAUUAAAAGUUAAGCCUAUCAAGUUACCAUCCGCUUCUUCUUCAUCAUCAUCCUCGGUUAUAUCUAGUCCAUAUCACAAAUCAACAACUUGGUAUUCUGACCCAAUGUUGGAUCAUACUUCUCAUCCUCAUCAUCCUACUCCUCCUCUACAACAACAACAACAAUUACAACGUCAUAUGCAACAUAUUCAACCUCAUCAUCCUCAAAUGUAUCGUCCUAUGUACCCACCUAUGCAUCCUUUGGCUACUUCUGAUCAAUCAUCUUCUCAACCUUUACAUCCAUUACCACCACCCGGUUAUUAUCCUUAUCCUUAUCAAUCAAAUCAACAAGGUUAUUAUUUCCCUGGCAAGUUACCUAUACUCAUGGAUAGUAACAAUAAUAAUAACGGCAACAAUACAAAUGGUAUGAUGAUGCAUCCUCCUCCUCAUCUUCAUCCUUUACAUCUUCAACAUCUUCAACAACAACAUCCUCAUGCAAUGGCAGCAUCCAUGGCCACUCCACCUGUCAAACCCAAACGAAAAAGACGUGAUCAAAAUGAAGAUGAAGAAAAUCUCGGUCAAGUCAUGCCAGGUGAUGCUGAUUUUCCGGAUAUGGGAGAAAGAGAUGUGGAAGCAGCAAGAAAUGACGUGGAAGCAAGACCGAGACGACAGAAAUUACGUUAUGUGGGAGAUAUGUAUACUCCUCAAUGGGUCCGAUACAAUGGUCAAUCCAAAGAAGGUUUAUGUGAUACUUGCAAACCUGGCAAAUGGCUACAAUUGAAAAAUAGUGCUUUUUGGUAUCAUAAACAAUUCUUUCAUGGUAUUUCUUCAGUAUCUGGAAAAGAAUUCUUGCAACCUUUGGAAACUCGUUGGGUAGAUCAAGAUAUUGUUGAAGGACUUUGUCAUCAAUGUCAACAAUGGGUGUCUGUUAGCAAUGUGAAAAGAAAAAAUAGUGUACUUUGGUAUCGUCAUGCUCACAAGUGUCAUGUAUACCAUAAACCGAAGAAUGGAUCUCCAAAGAGAAGAGGAAAUUAGUCUCCCCUCCUUUUCUUGAAUAUUACUUUGUUUAUCUUCGUAUUUUAGACUUCUCCCCAUUUCCCCUCCUUCCUUUUUUUUUUUUAUACUUGACUAUCCUCUUUUUUUUUUCUUAUUGAUUAUUAUUCUUAUUUUCUGUCUCUAUCUCUCUUGUAUAUAUAUACAUAUUGACUUGCUACCUAUAUUUAGUUUAUCCAUUACCCCCUCUUAUCUAUAAAUAUCAUCUCUCUUUUUCAAUAUUGAUUCGUAUACAAAAAAAAA